AUGUGGGAUCUAUGUAGGAGAAGCUUGAAGCACCAGAAUAAACUAUCGAAAAGAGGCUCAUCUGAAACUCGGUGCAAAAUUAGAAGCCAGGUCGAGCCCAACAUAUCUCAGUACAUUCCUGCUGCCUUUCGGCACCAUGUGCAACACGAAUCCCAACGCGUUAGGGACACUCCGGUCCUUCCAAUCAGAGGCGGCUCUGUGUUGUUGUUUACGAAUCAGCUAUUGCACACCUUCCCAAUUCGUUCUCAAACAUAUCCAAAGAGCGUUUUCUGUGGUUGUGCCGCUAUUGUGCACGCACAUGCUGUUGGGAGAGUCCUCGGCGGGCGGGGGUGCUCUACGGCGAAAAUUUCCUCUUUGGGAAACCUGUUUUCGCCGAUGGCCAAUCACGGUGCGCGCUUCUCGGCGAACACGCCGAGGUGUGCUGGCCAGCUCCUGGGGCAGCUCCAGCUCAUAUCUGGCGCCUCGCACUAUAAAUACGCAUGCUUGCGCCUGUUUGGAAUCAUCCAAUCCAUCAUGACUGUCCAAUUCGUCCCUCAAGUUAAAGUCCAGACAGACAAAACCAAGUUCUCCGAAAGCGAGCUCGUCACCAACUAUGUGUACAAGAACGCCAUAGUUGAAAAGGAGGCCAGCGGCUCCUUCGCCGUCAAGCCUUUUGAAGAGCCUUACCAAUUCAAGGUUGACCUCAAAGUGCCUAAAGUGGGUGUCAUGCUAGUUGGCUUAGGAGGAAACAACGGAACCACGUUUGUCGCUUCCGUCCUUGCCAACAAGAACAAGCUGCAAUUCCACACCAAGGAAGGACUGAAGACUGCCAAUUACUACGGCUCUGUCACCCAGUCGUCCACCAUCAAGCUCGGCAUCGACUCCAAGGGCCAGGAUGUGUAUGCUCCAUUCAAUUCGCUCCUGCCUAUGGUCAACCCUAACGACUUUGUCGUCGGCGGUUGGGACAUCAACGGCGACAACCUCGCUGCCGCCAUGCAGAAGGCACAGGUCUUGGAGUACGACCUGCAGGAAAAGCUCAAGGACCAGAUGAAGGAGAUCGUUCCGCUGAAGUCGAUCUACUACCCAGACUUCAUUGCUGCCAACCAGGAUGAAAGAGCGAAUAACUGCUUCAACAGAAUUAACGGCGAAAUUCAGACCACCGGCAAGUGGAGCCAUGUCGAGACCAUCCGAAAGGAUAUUCGCAACUUCAAGGCCGCCAACAAGCUCGACAAGGUCAUCGUGUUGUGGACGGCCAACACCGAGAGAUACGCCGAUGUGGUGUCAGGUGUGAACGACACGGCAGAGAAUCUGCUCGAGUCGAUCAAGAAGGACCACGAGGAGAUCGCCCCUAGCACGGUGUUUGCCGUGGCCAGCAUUCUGGAGCACGUUCCGUACGUCAACGGAAGUCCGCAGAACACUUUUGUUCCCGGAGUCAUUGAGCUUGCCGAGCAGAACCGCACCUACAUCGGCGGAGACGACUUUAAGAGCGGCCAGACCAAGCUCAAGUCCGUGCUGGCGCAGUUUUUGGUCGACGCGGGUAUCCGGCCAGUUUCCAUUGCGUCGUACAACCAUCUGGGCAACAACGAUGGAUACAAUCUCUCGUCUCCCAGACAAUUCCGGUCCAAGGAGAUCUCCAAGGCGUCUGUGGUGGACGACGUGAUUGCGUCGAACGAGAUUCUGUACAACGACAAGCUGGGCAAGAAGAUCGACCACUGCAUUGUGAUCAAGUACCUGAACGCUGUUGGCGACUCCAAGGUUGCAAUGGACGAGUACUAUUCCGAGCUGAUGCUGGGAGGCCACAACAGAAUCAGCAUCCACAACGUCUGCGAGGACUCGUUGCUGGCCACACCUCUGAUCAUCGAUUUGCUGGUCAUGACCGAGUUUUUGUCCAGAGUUACCUACAAAAAGGACUCUGACGACAAGUAUGCUGACAUGUACUCUGUGCUGAGCUUCCUGAGCUACUGGCUCAAGGCGCCGCUUACACGGCCUGGCUACCAGGCCAUCAACGGGCUCAACAAGCAGAGACAGGGCCUGGACAACUUUUUGCGUAUUCUUAUUGGUCUCGAGCCCCUGGACGAGCUUAGGUUUGAGGAGAGACUGGUGUAA